GUUCUCCACUUACAGUCGGAGACAGAGUCUGUCUGCAGGAACUGAAUAUUAGUGACACUUUACUGUCUUUGUCUGGGACACACAAAAAAUGGACACAAACUCUCUAUGCUUUGGUACAUGUGCGAAGUGCACUGGAGGUGUUUACGGAGCUGCUCAGGGCUGCCAGGCCAUGGGACAAGUGUACCAUGACAGCUGCUUCACCUGCUGUGUCUGCGGCCAGAAACUGAAAGGGAAGGCGUUUUAUGAAUUUUCAGGACGGGUGUUCUGCGAGGAGGAUUAUUUGUAUUCCAGCGUCAAGCACUUCGCAGAGGUCUGCACAUCCUGCGGAUAUUUAAUCACAGAUAUGGUGCUCCAGGCUUUGGGAAAGUCCUUCCAUCCUGACUGUUUCCGCUGUUUCAUCUGUAAUGAGAAACUGGAGGGACAGCCAUUUAGUGUUGACACACAAAACAAGAUAUAUUGUGUGAAAGAUUACCACAGGAUUCUGGCACAGACAUGUGCUAUAUGUGAACAGCUCAUCCUUCCUACUAAGGGUUCAAAUGAGAUUGUGCGAGUGAUGUCCAUGGGAAAAAGCUACCACGUGACCUGUUAUGAAGGAAAAAGCUACAUUUAAUCACUGUUCAGUCCGAAGAAAAUCAUAAUUAUUCAUUGUUUAUAUUUAUAGUACCACUGUAUUAUUGUUUAGUACCAUCUAAUUGACAUGAAACUUGAAUUUAAAUACCAUAUGAUAUAUCUAAGUGCCAUGAUAUAUUUUUGAUAUCAUUAAUAUAAUAUUAAUAAUACUG